AACGCUGCUUUAGUCUCUUCCACGUGAUUGGCUCAGCUGCACGCAGUCAGACCGGAUGGAGCCGUUCAAAACACAGGUUUAUUUCUAAAUUAGUAAAUAUAUAUAUUUGUACGCACGCCGGAUUGUUGAGGGGAUUCCGCUGAUCUAUAAUAGAGGGAUUUAAUGUAUUUUUUGCAUAAAGAGCAAAUGCAACUUGUAGUCACUGCGGUCUUCCCACGCGCUAAUAAGGCUACCAGUGACGUAACGCCUGAGAGGCAGUGACUUCCCAUUGAAACGGCGUUAAACCAGCAGCACAAAAAGUAACCCUAACUUUCCGUGACUGAAAAUGAAUAAACUUGUAUAGACAAAUAUGUGACGUGUUUAAAGUAGUUUACUGGAGCUAAACACGUGAAAGUUAGAGAAUGAACGAACGCCACUAAAAGUUGUCCUCGGCGGCGUUCGGAACUUGCUCACCACCUCGACGUCUAGCGAAGCCGAGUGGCUCAACGCGGCUAACGUCACCUGGAUAACCGGGUCGGUCGCAUCUCCGUGGACUCGUCGUGCCACCGUCUCGGCGUUAACGUGGUCGGUUGCGUGGCAGCGGUGCUGUCGAGCGGAACGUGUACAAGUGACAGCCGGCGCCGUGUCGUUACUUUGGCGGACAGCAUCAUGAUCGCUAGCUAGCUAGCUUAGCUAGCCGGGCGUUAGCUUUAGCAAAAACAAGCGCUCUUGUUCUCUGAAGUCAGCUGACCGGCUGCCGCGAGCUGCCAGCAGACCAGUGAUGGAUCAACUGAAAGUAAAGGACCGCAUAUUGGAAAACAUCUCCUUAUCCGUCAAAAAGUUGCAGAGUUACUUUGCCGCCUGCGAAGAUGAGACUCCCGCCAUCCGAAAUCACGACCGGGUCCUCCAGCGCCUCUGUGAACACCUCGAUCAUGCUCUGCUUUAUGGCCUGCAGGACAUCUCCUCGGGCUACUGGGUCCUGGUCCUUCACUUCACCAGGAGAGAGGCCGUCCGUCAGAUCGAUGAGCUUCAGCACAUAGCAACCAACCUCGGUCGAAGCCGAGCGUGGUUGUACCUGGCAUUGAGUGAGAGCUCGUUAGAGAGCUAUCUGCGCCUCUUCCAGGAGAACCAGGCAUUAUUGCAAAAGUACUAUUUCAAGAACGCACUGGUCUGCAGUCAUGACCACCUCACGCUCUUCCUCACGCUGGUGUCCGGCCUGGAGUUCAUUCGCUUUGAUCUGGAGCUGGAUGUGCCGUAUCUGGACGUGGCCCCCUACAUGCCGGAAUACUACAAACCCCAGAACCUGCUGGACUUUGAGGAGCGGCUGCCCAGCUCCGACAGCUUGUCCCUGCACUCCUUCACCUCCCUCACCUCCACCAACCUGGAGUGGGAUGACAGCGCCAUCGCCCCCUCCAGUGAAGAUUAUGAUUUCGGUGACAUCUUCCCUGUGUUGCGGUCAUUGCCAAGUGCAGACUGGGAAGAGGGCGACCUGACCGACCAGGCCAGCUGCCCGCGAUCCAGUGGCUCCGAUCCCCAGACGGUGGUCAGCGACACAGCGCUCCUUCCCGCCGGUGCUGUCCAGGCGAGGGCUGCAGCUCCUCUGGCUCCGCACAGCCCAACGCACAGACACAACCCCUUCAACGAGGACUCGGACACCAACACCUCCGCCGACGUCACGCCCGUUCACCUGGCCAGCUGCUACAGCGCAGAGAGCGCCUGCAACGAGCUGGAGGUCAUCAGGAUGGCCCGGCGACGGAGAACCUCGAAGAAGCGACGUGGGAAAGGCUCCACGGAUUCCAUCAGCAGCCUCCAUAACUCGGUCUCCUCCGAGCACUUGGAGACGGACAACAGGCGGAUGUCUUCGGAGGACGUGGACUCGCUAAACGGCGCCGUAAUUCAGCCGGACGCAGAGGGCGAGCUGGGGAGAAGCCGGGUGGGAUCAGAGGUCGUGGAGGAAGGAGAGGAGGAGGAGGAGGGGGCAGAAGGCCUCCUGAGGCUCCCGGAGAUGACGGACACCUCCAUGGAGGCUGUGGGCCAGCCGCUGCGCGAGGUCAUGGACCGGCUCAACGGGGCUCUGGAGAUUGAGGAGGUCUGGGAGCGCCGAGGGGAGGGGGAGAAAAGGGGGUCAGAUUGUAACCGGGGUCCCGAGCCCCCUACGCGGCAACCCUUUCGGGAGGAGUCCGAGGGAGAGCCUCCCGACCCGGCAGCGGGAGAGACCUCCGUCUUCCUGCAGGCCGCUGCUGAGCCUGCAGAGUUACGCUGCUUUACCCCCAACAGUUCGGACUCUCCUCCCUCAGGUGGUCGCUACGAUGACCCUACAGAGCAUAGCCGGUCGCAAACUCUUUCAGGCGGUCUCGAAGAUGAAGGAGACGCAGAAGCGUCAGCAGGACAGAAGGCCGAGAUGAAGGCCGGCGAGGUGGACGCGGAGGAAGGAGAGAAAACUGUCCACAAUGAAUUUACUGAGGAAGCGGAGCGUUCUCACCCUGCAGAGUUUAAGGUGGACAACAAUCACCUGCUUCUUCUCAUGAUUCACGUAUUCAGAGAGAACGAGGAGCAGCUCUUCAAGAUGGUGAGGAUGAGCACGGGUCACAUGGAGGGGGACCUGCAGCCCCUCUACCUGCUGCUGACUGACUGUUACAUCUACCUGCUUAGGAAAGGUGCAGCAGAGAAACCGUACACAGUGGAAGAUGCCAUUUCCUAUAACGAGCUGGACUACCUUUCAGUGGGCCUUGACCAACAGACAGUGGCGGUGGUUUGCACCAACAGACGGAGGAAAUUUCUGUUGGACACCGCUGAUGCCUCUCUGACUCUGUGGUUCCUGUCUGUCCUCGAGUCGGCCAUGGUGAAGGGCUGUCGGGAGCCUCCUUACCCCUCUGUGCUGACUGACGCUACCAUGGAGAAACUGUCCCUCACCAAGUUCGUCUCCCAGGAGUCUCAGUGUGAGGUGUGCGAAGUGUCUAUCCAACUGUAUUCACUGGUCCACUGGGAGGAUCCUAUGGACAUGGCUUUGUCACCCCAGGGUGGCCCACCGAUCUCGGGCCUGUCUGCCAGCACCAAGGAGGGGGCUCUGCAGUACCGGGCUGGAAGCACCUACCUGGGCAGAGAGGUGUGGAAAAGCUGCUACCUCGUUCUCAGUAAGGGGAUCCUGUACCUGUAUGCAGAACGAACCGACGUGACCCCUGUGCUGUCAGUCACCAUGGGAGGAGGGCACUGUGGCGGUUGCCGUCGCUCAAACAGCACAGAGCGUCCGCACGCCUUCCACGUCAUCCUGACGGAGCGGCCGGCCCUGGAGCUUUGCGCCAACAAUGAGCAGGACAUGGCCGAGUGGAUGCUGCUGCUCUGCCAGUCCGUCUCCAAAGGGGUCAUCCCUCAGGGUGUGGCCCCCGCUCCGUGUAUCCCGUGUUGCCUGGUGAUGACGGACAGGAAGCUGCUUACCUGCCAUCAGGACUGUCAGACCAGCUUCUUCCGUUCGCUCGGCAGCGCCGAUAUCUGUGAUGUCACUUCCGUCAGCGUGGAGGCCAACAAGGAGUAUUGUGUCAUUGAGUUUGCAACGGAUCGGUCCCAGUUCCUCCCCCCAUGGGUGUUGUACUUCAGCGGCUGUGGAGAGCGAGAUCGACUGCUGAAGGCGUUGGACGACACGUGGAAGGCCGUUUACCAGGUGGAUCUUCCCCACAGAGAAGUGUUGGACGUGUCCGUGCAGAAGCGCUGUGGGGAGGCCCUCGCCCUGAUGACUAGCGCUUGGCAGAGGGCGGACAGUCUGGCCCGGGGCAGAGCCCAGCGUGAGCCCUGGUGCUGACAGACACGCACAGACACACACACACGCGUACACUAAGCUGUGGUUGGCCAAUAGGAGGGACUAUUGGGUAAACAGUCUUCUAUGGCUCCAGGAUACGCAGAGUAACUUCAGUCGGUGGGGCUGUAAACUGAGCUGAAAAUCAGACGAGGUUAGUGGUUCGAUGCACUACAGCACAAGCAUGUGAAGCUCCUCUGAUUCACUGAUGAAAUGUUUCUAUCAGAGAAGCAUCCGGCAGAAUCGGUAAUGCAUACGGCACAGCGCAACAGCAAGAUAUUCUGGCUUCAAGUGAUAUAAAUCAAUAUUUAACAGACAAUAGAGAUUUGCAUUAGAUUCUAAUGACACAUUGGAAUUAUUCCUUUUAGAGAGCUUCUUAAGAAACAGCAGAGAUGCAGAACAGAUAUGCUGAAUCAAGGAAAAGGUUGAGGUCAGAUGAAAUGACUCCUUCUUGUUCUGUGCCAUCCGUGUAGAUAAAGCCCUGUAGGAAAUGCAAAGACUUUGACGCCCGCCACCAUUACGAUUCAUUACAUCCUGCUGAAAUUGACUUUGGGAAUUCUGCCAGCACAAAGUAAACCUUGACUUUGAGGCUUGAACGGGAAAAAACCCCACACAUUUACUGCAUUGAGGAAGCUAAGCGGCGGGGGAGGGGGGGGGACAAGGACCCGUAACCAGCAGCUUCCCUGCACAGUGACUUAGAAACAAACCAAUCCGAUGCACGUCAGGAGCAGUUGAUGCCUGUGCGCUACGUGGAGGAAGUUCACCGUCCUUGCCUUGUACACACAGAAGUGAUGCCCUCUAACCUGCACAAGCCAGACAACAGUGUGAAGAUAAGCCACUCCUUAGUACCAGGUACUAAACCAGUACGGUUCUAGAAUCUGUGUGCAGCAUUAACACGUAGUCCUUGAUGGUUAUGGAUGUGUCUGAUAUUCAGUUUAAGUGCACAUACCUCUACACUACACAAUAUGAAGAAUAUUCGGUUCAGUUGCACUGUGAACAACAUGCUCAUUCUCCAUCUGAGCACUGUCUUCACACGUUGAAUGAAGACUUGCCUUGUAUCUCCACCCAGUAGAGACGAGUGGAGGCUUCCAUGCAGACUUGCACAUUGUUUUUGCUGUUAGUCUUUUUUUUAAUGGUAGCAGUUGUUUUAAUAUAACAUGCUUUUUAUGACCUCUGCAGAGAAAGUGGGAACAAUCGUUACAAAAUGAUUUAGUUGAGUGAGUAACACGAUGUGUUACACAUACGGCCCCUUAUUGUGGGCCAGCAAGGAGGAAGAAUUACACUGAAGAGUCUGUUUCUGACAGACAAGUUCUCUUGUUUUUAUUUUAUUUUGCACCAGGGGUUGGUGGCACAUUACGAUACAGUAGUGGAUCUCUCUACUUAAUGAGAACAUCCCUUCCUCCAUGAGCAAUGUAGUGGUGCCGGACCAUGUCUGAUGUUUAUGGAAUCCUUUAAGCUAGAAUCUCCAUUUUAUUCUCUAAAUAAUUGCAGGUGGUUUUUUUGGAUCAAACUUCGUAGUUGUCCCAAUAGUGUCUGUAGUCAUCUUCCUGGGAUUUUCAUCAUAGUGCGCUCGCAGGAGCUGUCACCAGUGGGCCGUGCACGCUCAACACCACUGCGUUGUCUCGUAGUAGUUAAUUACUCCCAAAAAAUAGUGACUGCAGACCAUCGUUUAAAGAGAACUAUUUGAGAUUAUUACUUUAAACAGACAUUUUUUUUCUGUUUUUAGCAGAUUAUUUUUAAAUAGUAAUAUCUUUAGCUGUUUUUGGAAGCGGGAUAGAAAGAGCCUAAACCACCCUUCAGUUUCCCUACGGUUCUCGGCAGCAGGAGGUUGUGCAUGUGUUUCAAUCGGUCGUUAUCACCUGAGAUCUGAGCGGAGAUCAGCCGGGGAUUUAUUUUGCAGUGACAAUGAAGCCUUUCUGUCAGCCUCGACUCAACCGGACGAAGCCUUUUACACAUACGAGGCACUGUUUUUCCUCCUGGUGUUGACUUGGCAGACUGCGAUGAAACAAUCAUCCUGGGUUUAUGUUGGAUGUUCUAGUUUCUUCUCUUUCCACUCGUCUGAGGCUAAACAUGUGCUGUCUGUUGGGCUCGCUAUCACUCGCAAUACGGUUUCUGCGCUCAACGUUGAAUGUUGGUGCAGAAUGUUUGCUCGUUGUUAUUUAAUUAGAUCAUGCUGCGUUUUUCAGUUAAUAAAAAUAACCUAUGUGUUGUGUCAAAGUUGAUUCUAUUAGUACAGUAUGAUACUGGUUUGUUUGUUUUUAAACGCCAAACGCUUCAAAUGAUACCCAGACCUAUACAUGUGUCACUUAUUUAUUGUGUCUCAAUCACCGUGUGUUACACGUCAGCAUUAAUCUGUGCUUUAAGCCUUUCUAAGUGCCACUUGGUCUCUUCUAUCUUUUUUUUUUUUAAACAAAGAAAUCUAUUCUCAGGUGAAAAGGGUCCGUCACAUCCAAACCUUAAGACCCACCGUGUGUUAUUUGUUUGAAUGCUGCUGUUUUGUUUUUUUUGUUUUGUUUUUGAUAUUUUUGAGUCCCGUUUUCUAUUUUGGUUUGAUGCAGCAUUAUGAAAUUAUUUUGCGCACAGAGACACAGCUGAAAAAUAAUAUUAGGUGUUGGAAAAGGUGUGUAGAAGUCCUUUAAUAAUCGAAUGGGUUCUGAGGGGGAAAGUUGGGGGGUUGAAGUCGUCUUCAGGACUUUUGGACCAGGGAGAGCACACUUGCAAUAGUUGGACUUACUUGAAAUGUUUGUUGGGUUAACAACAAAGAAUCACCUGCACAGAGUUGUGGCUUAUGAACGUAUAUAAAUACAGAAUUCAAGCAAGUCUAUUUGAGCAGUGUUUAGAAUUUGUGACAUUGCUGGCCAAUGGUGGAUAACAUCGUCUGAGUAAUGCAUUGUGAAAAGAAGCGCUUUUUUGACUUUGUUCCUAACGGUAUUACUGCAUGUCCCCUAUGUAUCAUGUUUUAUUGAAUUGUAAAUACAGCACUAAUCAAAUAUAAAAAUAUUGUACACUCACACAGGAAGAUGUGCAUUCCCAGAGGGUUUUACACUGUUCAUAAUGGUAAUGAAUGUACAAAUAAACCGUUGUGAUUGGACAGCCUAACUGAAUAAACUGAAACAAAACCUCG